AUGGGAUCAGCUAAAGCAACAUACACGGCAGCUUAUCGUUUACUCCGACGCUCUUCGAGAAACCAUUUUGAUCGUCGGCCGGAUUCUAAAUUCUUCCGACCAAUUCGUUCCUCCGCUCCAGGUCUUGAAGUUGUUUUAGCAAAUGGUACUGUGCUUGAUAUUCUUGGGACCUUACGCAAAGACAACACAGGAUAUGACUUGAAGCAUUUGUUUAUUGGGAGCGAGGGGUCUUUGGGAAUUGUAACAAAGGUUUCCAUACUCACCCCUCCUAAAUUGCCUUCAAUAAAUCUAGCUUUCCUUGCUUGUGAAGAUUAUGCCAGCUGUCAGAAGCUCCUGUCCGAAGCCAAGAGGAAGCUUGGAGAAAUUCUUUCUGCAUUUGAAUUUUUGGACAUCAAUGCUAUGGAUCUGGUUUUGAAGCAUUUGGACGGCCUACGUGAUCCAUUGCCCUCCUCGAGGCAUAACUUCUAUGUUCUGAUUGAAACCACAGGCAGCAUGGAAUCUCAUGACAAGGAGAAGCUCGAAUCAUUCCUUCUUCAGUGUAUGGAAAGUGGAUUGUUGAAGGAUGGAGUUAUAGCACAAGAUGUAAAUCAAGCUUCGUCAUUUUGGCGAAUACGCGAGGGAAUAUCUGAAGCUUUAUUGAAAGCAGGUGCUGUAUAUAAAUAUGACUUGUCUCUGCCUCCAGAAAAGAUGUAUGAUCUUGUCGAGGAAAUGCGUGGGCAACUUGGUAAUGAAGCAAAUGUAGUGGCUUAUGGUCAUCUUGGAGAUGGCAACUUGCAUCUCAAUAUUUCAGCGCAACAAUACGAUGACAAUUUAUUAUCGAAAAUCGAACCAUUUGUGUACGAGUGGACAUCUAAGCAGAGGGGGAGCAUUAGUGCCGAACAUGGUCUUGGACUGGUGAAAGCGGAUAAAAUUCAUUACAGUAAGUCUGCUGAAACGGUGCAAGUAAUGGCUUCUAUAAAGAAGCUACUUGAUCCUAACGGCAUACUCAACCCGUACAAAGUUCUUCCAGUUUCAAUAUUAUCACAAAGUUGA